CCCAUCCCCUACCUCUCCUCUGUAUAUAUAUACACCCCUCCACACCUUCCUCAUCUCCCCCCAUACCAUUACAUACCUAAGAACUUCAUACACACCAUCACCUAUGGCGACCUCAAACACUCUUAAGCUCACCGCCAUCGCCGCCCUUCUCGCAAUCCUCGCAUCCACUCUCACGACCGAUGCCUACUUCUACGGCGCAAGGGACGAGUUUGACGGUGACGAGAACCUGUCCGAGCGGUGCCGACGGGAGGUGCAGCAGUGCCCGAUGCAACCGUGCAAGAAUUUCAUGAAGAGCAUGAGUGGCGGUGGGGGAGAAAAGUUCGGGCGUGGCGUGUUGGCGAUGUCGGCAACGACGAACCAGAUGAGCAUGAAGGAGAAGUGCUGCCGGGAGCUGAGGGCGGUGAGCGAGGGGUGUCGGUGUGAGGCGGUAAAGGAGAUGAUGAAGGAGAUGAUGGAGGAGGAGGGGGAGGGAGGAGAGGGAGGAGAAGGAGGAGGCGGCGGCGGCGCCUGCAGGGGGCCGAUGGAGGAGAUGAUGAGGAAGGCGGAGCGGCUACCGUCGAUGUGCGGCAUGCGCCCGGAGUAUUGCCGUAUUCGCGGAGAAGGGUGGUAGUAGUAUAUAUAUGUAUAAGAGAGUGAGGGAGGUGUGGUAAUGGAGAGGUGGUAAAAGAAGAAGAAGAAGGAGAAGAUGGUGUAUAUGUAUGCAUGGGACGUACGUACUACAUGCAUACGUAUGUAUGCAUCUCAAUUUGUUAAAUAAAUAAUAGCCACACAUUAUCGUGUGUGGGACUGUGGGGGUACUAAUAAUAAUAAAUGAGAAAUGCUCUUGAAUAAUAUAUUGGGGAGCGUUUUUGCUUUGUAAUUUUUUUUC